AAUUGUGAAUUUAGCAAAGCUGUGUACAUGAAGACUGACAACGAUAGGCGAAAAAUCGAUACACGAUUAUCGACGACUCGUGAGCUCAGGGAGUCGUGCAGCUUAAUCAAGCUAUGGAACUGGAUCCUUAACCCGGAUAACUCCAAAAUGAACCAAUGUCUAAAUUCGAAAAGGUUGAGUGGUUUUUGGCGGAGAGAAGCUUGGAAAAGUAAAACAUGCAAGGGUGAUUAGAGGGCAAAACUAAUUGGUCGCAGACGGUUCUGUUGGAAAAAAUAUAAUAUUAGCAGAAGUUAAGUUCCUACCCAUAUAUUCCGUGAGGGAUAAGCCUGGGUAAGGAAAAGAGACUUACGUAAGGAGAGACAAAGACCAGCCACCAGGAGGAGAUCUACAUUUUCGACCAGAAAAUUGGUCACUCAUCCCCGGGUGGCCUCAGGUUUUUAUUCGCCCCUUAGAAUUAUAUUUAUCACAGAAAAAUAAAACUUGUUCCCGAAAACUGCAACGGCAACCCAAGUCAGCAAGCCGAAAAUUAAUAUAAUUGUAACUCGCUUAAACUAAUUUAUUCAUACUUAUAUCUACUUAAAUUAUUUAUUUAUUUAACCUCUUUAUUCAUACAAACCCAAAACUAUUGGAACGUUGUUUAUUGUUAUUUAUUUAUUGAUUCAUAUAUACAUGUACUCCCUGUAAAAGUUCGGUACCGUAGGUAGGAUUAUUAAAUGUUAAAAUUUAAGUUGUAAUUCUGAAUUAUAAUGUGAAAACAAAGAUGAGUUAGGCGAGGUAGCACGACCCACAAAACAGAAUUGGGAGAUGUGUCCAAAAUAAGGUCGAAGGAUACACUCAUGGUUGGAGGGGCUCCAGGACCACGAUAAGAUCUCUGUUGUCCAGAUGUUUACAUGUUCAAGGUGAAUCCGUCGUGAAUAUUGCCGUUGUCCGAGUUUUGAAUUUCCGUUUUGUUUUUGUUGUGUCUGCUGCGUAGACAACAUUGUUGGUUGUUCCCCUCCCUGGGACGGCAUCCGAAAGGUCCUUUCUGCUUAUCAUAAUCCUUGUUGAGAGAGAGGAGACCGUCUAGAUGUGAACCCAUGACCGGGGCUAGGAGGUUCAUCAGUAUAUGAAAGAAAAAGAAAACAACUGUCUUUUUAACAUGUUGUCUGUGGUAAAGUAAAUUUGUAAAAACUUAUCUAAAUUUGUUGUCUAUGUUUGGAGUUGGUGUGGUCCAUGUACACCGUGAAUAAAGUGUGACAUCGUUGCUCGACAAAUUUCAGGUUGAUGCUGAAAGAUGAAGAGUACGUAAAUUAAUGAAAUCGUUUAAAGAAGUAUGAAAAAUUGACACGAACGGAAGGAAAGGAGAGAAAAGUUAGUGGGUAACGUAAGUAGCUACGUCUCAUCCCCCCAGAUUAGAACAUUUUGGAAGAAAGAGAUAAGGAAAACAAAUAUAAAUUAGAAAGGCAUUAGAAUAUGUAAAAUAGUGAUAGGAAUAGAGUUCAAAUUGGAAGAAAAUUGAGGAGAAGUUUGGAGUUCAUCCGGAAUAGGGGACCAGCAGGUAUGACUCCGCCAGUAACUCGCUCACAAGCAAAUCAAGAGGAGAAAUUGGAGAACAUAUUGGCACCCGAAGGUAUGGAGUCGCUAAGGGACAGAAUCCUGAAGGAAUGGGAAGCAGAAGUCCAGGAGAAGCUAGUGGCAUUCAGUCGGUAGGCGAAACCGGGGCCAUACCAAAGUCUUUGCCAUCUGAAAUAAAGUCAGGGAUUAACGCAGCACUGGUUCAAGCACAACAUACGUACCAAGUGGGAAUGUCGAAGGAAUACGAAAUGUUUAAACAGCAGAUGCAGCAGGAUAUGAUUCAGUUCAUAAAGGACAUUAAUGACUGUAUGGCGGAGUGGCGCCGAUAUUUCGUAAAGGAAAACGCAGCAUGGCAGGCAUCUACGCAGGUUCGCCAGGCCCAAGGACAACAAUUUGGACAGGGCCAAAUACCCUCUUCGGGGACGCCGAUACCGCCACUUCAAGGCAUUGCAGAGCAGCCGCGUGCAAAUCCGAGUCAGAUGCCACCAUUCGACCCGAGAAUGCUACAACAACCUCCGCCAAUCAUAAUGCCAGGGGUACGUCCCCAUAUGGGACUCCCGCCGCCAACAUCUGGGGCGCUGUCCGAGAAGCAGGAGAUGAAUCGUCACGCAUCGGAAGGGUAUCGGCAAACCUCCUAAUCGAUGGAGCAGGAAUCAAGUGGAAGUGGGGGCUCAGUUUCGAUGGAAGUCCCAGAAGCAUGCCCGUGUCAGAAUUUAUAUUCCGCCUCGAAAAUCUGCAAAGGUCGUACCAGGUGCCAUGGAAAAAGGUCCUAAGAGAAUUUCACGUAUUAAUGGAAGGACAAGCCAAGAAAUGGUACUGGAUGUACGUGAGGUCGACGGAGAAGCAAGAGUUGACUUACCUGAGGUACGCGCUGCAGCAGCAGUUUCAGAGUCACCGAUACAACUUCGAGCGAGAGUAUGAGCUGCGAGAACGGAAGCAGAAGCCAGGAGAAACCAUCGAGGCGUACAUCCAGGCCAUGCUAGCGCUCAGAUCUCGACUAGAGAUGCCGUUUUCCGACUUCAACCUGAUAAAAGUGAUAAAAAUGAACAUUAGGGAUCAGAUUUCGAGAAUUAUAUACCCGAUAUACAUCACGAACAUGGAUCAACUCCGACAUGAAUGCCACGAUGCGGAGAGAAUAUUAGACUCGAUGGACCUGACAUUCAAGCAACCUCGAAACUCACCGGGGGUAUAAAGACCGUCCGAGGAUCGAUGAGCUUUGUCCAGAAUCAGUCGGAAAAGAGAGUUAAUUGGCACCAGAGGUGAACCGAUAGAGGCACAUAUCCUAUCCCCCGAACAGACUGGGCAACUGGAAGAAGCAAAAGGACGUUUUCUGACCUACGAAAGUCAAGGAUUAGGACUUACCAAGGUAGAAGAACACUCGAUCCAGUUAGUUGAAGGAGCCGUACCCGUCAAAGAGAGAUUCUCUUCAGUGUCUCCGGCGAAACAACAACUGCUGUUCGCAGAAGUCGAUGAGAUGCUACGGUUAGGAGUCAUCGAGUUAAGUGAAAGUCCCUGGAACAACCGAACGACGCUGAUACAGAAACCUGGAAAGAAUAGGCUGUGCUAAACACAUUUACAGUGAAGGUUGCUUACCCACUAUAGAACAUUAAGUCGAUUUUAAGCCGGGUGGAUGAGACGAUUUUCAUCAGCAGUAUCGAGUGGAACUCGAUGAGAAAAGUCGUCCUUUGACCACUUUCACAAUAACUGGAAGGCCACUUUACCAGUUUCGAAGUGGCAGAGUGUUUAAACAAAGCCAAUUUCGGCCUACACAAGUCAAAAUAUUGUUUUAAAUACUUGCGAUAUUUGGGAUUCAUAAACGGUGAAGGGGCCUUGCGAACGGAUCCGAAGAAAGUUGAGGCGAUUAUGAAGAUAGAGGUGCCCAAAAAUACGCGACAACUACGCAGCUUCUUAGGAACUGCAGGCUGGUAUCGCAGAUUCAUCCGAAAUUUCUCCGGUGUAAGUGCGCCGCUCAUGGACUGCCCAAAAUUUAUGUGGACGGAGGAAGCAACUAAGGCAUUCGAAACGCUGAAGAAAGCACUUACCUGUGCGCCUGUAUUAGCUCAUCCAGACUUUGGAAAACACUUCUGGAUACAGUGUGACGACAGCCAUGUAGGAAUUGGGGCAGUAUUACACCAGCAAGACGUAGAAGGAUUGGACCGGCCAAUAGCAUUCUUUUCGGCGAAGCUGAGGGGAGCACAACUCAAUUACAGCGUAACGGAAGAAGAGUGUCUCGCAACAGUAAAAGCCGUGGAAAGAUUCCGUCCCUAUGUGGAGUUGAUGCCGUUCACGAUCGUUACCGACCAUGCAAGCCUGCAAUGGCUAAUGACGCUUAAGUAAUUGAAUGGGAGGUCAGCUGGCGCGGUGGUCGUUAGCGCUACAGGCAUUCGACUUUAACACAGAGCAUCGGAAAAGGAAAGACAACAUCGUGGCCGACAUGUUAUUUCGGCCGAAUGAAACCGCCGAAGUAGAGUCCUUCGAUUUUGAAACAACGGAAUUUAAGAGUCCUGAAUACCUGGAAAGACUGCAGUUGGUUGAAGACCAAGGAAGGGAUAAAUUUCCGGACUUACGUGUGGAAGAAGGACUUCUCUUCAAGAAAUCACAAUUUGAUAGGGACGAAAGUGACGAAUUUGAAUGUAAACUAUGGAUUCCGGAAACUUUGACGACCACUGUAAUCCAGCAAGCCCACGGCGGCGACACGGCAAAGACCUUAGCGAGACUUCAGCAGAUGUGUUACUGGCCCAAAAUAAUAGUUUAAGUCCGAGACUUUGUAGCAGCAUGCGAAAACUGCAAAAAGAACAAGCACACAACGCAGAUAAAGCGACCAAUUAUGGGGAAGGAAGAACGGACAGAUCGACCCAUUCAAAAGUUGUACCUGGAUUUCUAGGAAAGUAUCCGCGGUCUCGCCGAGGAAAUACCAUGUUAUUUAUCGCGUUGUAUCACUUGACCAAGUUUGUGUGGUUAAAAGCGAUGCCGAAGGCCACAUCGACAGCUGUAAUCCGAUUUCUCCAAGAAGGAAUAUUCACACGAAUCAGAGUUCAGGAAACCAUCAACACGGACAACGGAAGACAGUUUAUCUCCAAGGAAUUCGAGAGCAUGCUACAAACAUAGGGGAUUACACACAUGAAAACGGGGAGAUAAGCACCACAAUUCAAUGCUUCGGAGAGAGUAAACCAAUCCAUGCAAGAAUAAGAAUUCUAAAUUUUGCAGAAACUACACCAAAUGUAGAGUCACAAAAUCGUUGGGAAAUUUUUUGUACGCUUUGGAAAACUUGGGCGGCAAUCCUUUGGGAGUUUUCCAUGCAAAGGAUCUGAAACAAUAGUGCCCGGCUAGCAAAUCACACUCACUAGGCAUUAAUCUCAGGGUUGUGGGCGCUGGCCUACGUUGAGCAGUACAACCAGCAGCACACGCACAUCCCCACUCCUGUUCCAAGACGAGCAUCGAAACCGUAGUGUGCCAAUCGACAAAAAUCUGUACAAACUGUGAAUUUAGCAAAGCUGUGUACAUGAAGACUGACAACGAUAGGCGAAAAAUCGAUACACGGCUAUCGACGACUCGUGAGCUCAGGGAGUCGUGCAGCUUAAUCAAGCUAUGGAACUGGAUCCUUAACCCGGAUAACUCCAAAAUGAACCAAUGUCUAAAUUCGAAAAGGUUGAGUGGUUUUUGGCGGAGAGAAGCUUGGAAAAGUAAAACAUGCAAGGGUGAUUAGAGGGCAAAACUAAUUGGUCGCAGACGGUUCUGUUGGAAAAAAUAUAAUAUUAGCAGAAGUUAAGUUCCUACCCAGUGAGUGAAAAAAAAAUACCUGUUGAUGUGAGUGGAGUUAAAAUAUAAAUAUUUGUAGUAUAUUCCGUGAGGGAUAAGCCUGGGUCAGGAAAAGAGACUUACGUAAGGAGAGACGAAGUCCAGCCACCAGGAGGAGAUCUACAUUUUCGACCAGAAAAUUGGCCACUCAUCCCCGGGUGGCCACAGGUUUUUAUUCGCCCCUUAGAAUUAAUUUAUCACAGAAAAAUAAAACUUGUUCCCGAAAACUGCAAACUGCAACCCAAGUCAGCAAGCCGAAAAUUAAUAUAUAAAAAUUAAGACUGAUAUCUCAGAUUAUGUAACUGGCAUAAACUAAUUUAUGCAUACUUAUAUCUAUUUAAAUGGUUUAUUAAUUUAACCUAUUUAUUCAUACAAACCCAAAACUAUUGGAACAUUGUUUAUUGUUAUUUAUUUAUUGAUUCAUAUAUACAUUUACUCCCUGUAAAAAUUCGGUACCGUAGGUAGGAUUAUUAAAUGUUAAAAUUUAA